AAACCUUGAAGAUUGACUCAUUCGAAAGAUCUACACUAGCCAACCUCUCAAAUUUAAGCAAGCUAUUUUGAAUUAAUUUAUUAUUGCUAUCUGACGUUUUCUUUGAAAACGCAACGGCGCAUUUUCAUUCAGAUCCCAGGUGGUUCUUUCUCCUUCGAUCUUUGCGCAACCGGUUGUUAACUUGUUGCCCUCACAUCGCGACCGCGCAGAUAAGAUAGAUAGUCGACCAUGUCCGCUCCACUUUCAGAUGAAGAUGCGGUGGCUGCUGCGGAUAAAGAGAUGGAGGAGAGGGCCAAUAGGGCCAAGGCACUCCUCUCGCAGCGAUACAAAGGAUUGAAGACCUCGGUGGAAGACAAGCAGACAAGAAAGAUGCAGCUGGAGCGUCAGAUGAUUGGAUUGCCUGAGAAAGAGAAGCAGAAUCUCCGAGAAAAAUUGGCAAGGGAGGAAAUCCAAUUCAAGAAGGAGAACAGCAAGAUGCUCACCCCAACGGAUUUUGAAUCCUUGGCUGUGAUUGGGAGAGGUGCUUUUGGAGAAGUCCGCCUUGUUCGUCGCAAAGGAAAACGAGACGACCCGCGAACCGGGCAGAUUUUUGCGCUCAAGAGCAUGAAAAAGGAGAUGAUGGUGGUCAAGAACCAAGUAAAUCAUGUCAAAGCAGAGCGAGAUGCCUUGGCCAAGGCUGACGAUAAUAAUCGAUGGCUGACUGUGUUGCAUUUCAGCUUUUUUGAUGAGACUCAUCUUUACAUGGUGAUGGAAUUUUUGCCUGGAGGUGAUCUUAUGAGCCUCUUGAUUAAGGAAGAUACAUUUUCUGAGGCAGUGACUAUGGUUUUUAUGGCCGAGGCAGCCCAAGCAAUCAGCAGUGUUCAUGCAUUGGGGUAUAUUCACAGAGAUAUUAAGCCCGACAACAUGCUUUUAGAUGCUCGUGGUCAUUUAAAACUCACAGAUCUUGGUCUUUGCAAGAAGAUUGGAGAUGCGAGUCAGGACGAUGAUCCUGAUGUCAUUUUGGCCAAGAUGCGUGGAAAUGCAGGUAAUGGCGGUGGUGGAGAUGACAUGAUCCGAGAGGGCCAAGAUGCGUCGGACGCAAGACAUCGACAGGGCGACGAUGCUAUGGCCAUGUCAAUUGACGGAAUUGGUACUACCAACAAUCCCCAAAGACCAACAUAUGAAUCGGGAAAAACUCGGCGUGAGAUGGCUUACUCGACAGUUGGCACCCCCGAUUACAUUGCCCCGGAGGUGUUGGCAGCUCAAAAUGGAGCUUCUGGCUACUCAUACACUCAAACUGUAGAUUGGUGGAGCCUUGGUGUCAUCAUGUUCGAGUGCUUAGUGGGUUAUACACCUUUCUAUGCUGAUGACCCGGUUACCACAUGUCGGAAGAUUUUGCGCUGGCGCCAGUGUUUGGAAAUGCCAGCCGAAACGAAAGCACAGUUAUCCCCUGAGUGCAUUGAUUUCCUUUCAUGCCUUUUGGCUGGGCCAGAGUCGCGCAUUGGCUCCAACAGGAACGGUGAGGCAGAAAGCGGAUUCAAGCAGGUGAUUCAGCAUCCAUGGUUUCGGGGAUUCGAUUGGGAUGGUCUCGCGGACAGAGAAGGACCUCUGUUGCCUAGUGGAUCUAGGGAGUUCCCAGAACUCCUUGAAUAUCUCAAGACGAUUCCCAAGUCAGACCCUCGUUUUCGCACGCUUGUGCAACGUGUGACCCAGAACUUUGACACAUUUGAAGACUUUGGCUCCAACCUGGACCGCGAGUCCAAAGUUCGAGUAUCAAGGCAACCACUUGAUCAUUUCUAUGAUUACAGUUACAGGCGUGUUCGCAAGCCCAAAGUGCCCUUGCCUGACCACCUUGCUGGAAUUCAGGAAUAGAAUAGACCAGUAGUUGCUGGAACAGAAAGUUCUGUGUUGGAUCAAAAAAAUAUUGCAAGAUGAAGCAAGCAAGAACCACCAAAGAGUUGGUGAAGAAGUGGUGAACUGGAAUGUGCUGGCACGAAAUAGAUGCAAGGAGCGAAAUGACCUAGAAAUAUUACACAAUCUAAAUUCUCCAUGUCUUUCAAUGCUUUGGGUUACAUGUGGCCAGUAGGCCCGCUGAGAAAAACCAGAAACGAGCCGUGACCGUGGUGCAAAUUCUGGAUACCGGUACCGGACUGCAGUAGUACACUGUAGCUCUGCCAUCACCUGCAUUCCGGUCGCCCUUUUGCGAAGGCCAGAAAACGCUGCCUUCCUGCUUGUUGCAGCCUUCUGGAGGUCUUUGACAGCUCUGGGCCUUUCCGUCUUUUCGCCACCAGUACAGCGCAAGAAAUAGCUUCGUCAACGGUGACGGAUUCCGAGACCUUGCAACUUGCCUGGUAAAGCUCGCGCUGGAUGCCUGGGAGGGUUUGAUUCGCUACCUUUACCUGGUGCGAUUGCACCGUUGCCAGUCCUCUUCCCCACCACACUCCAAAGACAGCCUUGCGGCGGAGCUACAGUAUCCACACCCCUAGUAGUUAGCUAGCUAGAUCGAAACGUGGGCUGCACGUACCGGUACCACUACCGGUACAGGGCGGAUUACGUUCAGGUCAGCCAAGAGAACAAUCCUUGUCAUCACCAUCGAGGCGAUUCCUACCGGUAGCUACGGUACCCAGUGAUUGGCUGGUUACGUCCCAAGGAGCUCCCCAAGGUCACCCCCCGCCAAGACGACGAACCACCGCCUCGACGGUGUUGCAAUUUCUGAGCUAGGUUCGAUCGGGGCUAUUGCGUCUCUAACCCACCCUUCAAUGCUGUUCGGAGACAGACUUGGACACCAUAGCGUCUUUUGGCUACCGGUACCGGUACCGGUACCGGUACCACGUAAGUAGCCACAUCCAGUUUUGCGGUGACGGAUUCGAUUCGCAGACCUGGUGGCAGCAGCCUUGUGGCCACUGGGCAUGAGUGCUUGACGACCUGGUAGAUCUGUUUAGGCAGAACCGGUACCGGUACGGUACGAGUCGUCUCUCCAAAGAAGUGUUUUACGGCACCGCGGCAUCCACAAGCACCUAAAAGCUUAGCUAGCCAGUAGGAGCUGAACACUAGUAGACACCGUCGAGGAAGGGUGAUGUUGUAAUCCAUCGUCCAAUGAUACUUGCUAGCGCGAAAGUUGCAUGUUCCCAAAAAGAUAUAUUGUUAUACAUAGUUAUCGAGUAAUAAUAUAGCAUAUAGCAUAG